AGUCGAGUCAGGUCAUUAGCUAGCCCCAGUCAUUAGUGGUCCUUAUUAUUUCGUAUACACGUGACCUGAGCAGAAUUUAAUUUGGAGAGUGAAUGUAAUGUUUGGACCGUAAAUAAGCCAGGCUUUCACUUUCUGACAGUCCACAUCAUGGGAAUUCAUAGAUAAGCAUCACCCUAAAGCACCAAAUUAAACCGGAAUAUUAAGUCGUUGUAAUUCUGUAUUUUAUAGUUCUUCUUCUGGAAUUACCACUCUAAGGUAUGAAAGAUGAACCUGAAUAGCAACAUCAGAUCUCUGUGGCGUACCGUCUUCUUGAUCCCAAGUCUGCUGCUUCUAUGUGAGACUGCAAGUAUUGGAGAGAAAUCGCCUUGUAACCCUACUGUAGACAUUGUAUUUAUGCUGGAUGGUCAGUCUAGCGUCAGCUCCAGAGAUUUCCAGAAACAGAAGGAUUUCAUCCGGAAUAUCUUGGAGAGACAUGAAUCCCCUGCUAGAGCCGUGCAGAUUGGCUUCGUUGUCUGUGGUAACGGUAAUGUCAGCACGAGUGGAUUCCGGUCCUCUACAUUUGACGUGCUUGAAAAUGUCAGAAAACUGGAGAAACCCUCUUCUGACAAGACACCUAAACGAACAGACCAAUGCAUCAGGGCCAUUAACACCGUCUUCUCUCUUGGUGGCAGGGAAGGAGUGAAGAAAAUCGCUGUCCUAUUAAUCGGCGAGGACAACUCCUGGAGCGAUAAGGCAACCAAGGCCCACGUACAGGAAGCCAAGGAUAACCACGUGUCCAUACUUGUAAUCACCACUGGCAACAAGAACUUUACCAGGCUACACUCUCUCCGAAACAUCGCCAGUGACGACGGAAAAUUCUUUGUGCUGACUUCCUUCAAAGGACUCCAACCGUUAUCAAACGAUCUCUCCACGGGGUCGUGUUUGCCCAUUGCUCUUGAUUUUUCCGCCAAAAAAGAUAAGACAACUGAGGCACCAGCGACAUCACCUAGGCAGGUUUCUAUUUCAGAUGUUCGGUGUCGAUCUAGUGGAAUCUCAGCUUUUGAAAAGCUGAUUCCAUUUUUUGGUUGGAUCAGAGUGAAUUGCGCCAACAAUGAGCGUGUUGAUUUAAUUAAAUGCGAGUGUGGAACUAGUCAAACAAUCCAGACACAAGGCGAGGAUAUAACUACAUCCUCUCCCAGUGUAACCAAACCUUUUAAAGUCCUAAACAACAUUCUAAACACAGCGGUAAAAUCCGCCCUAAAGACGCAUUCAACAGUGCCCCAUCAGACUUCCACCACUUCAGAGGCCCCAGUUGAUCCUUCCCCCAACAAAAUGACAAGUUCUUUCCAAAAGACACAUAGUACCACAGCAUCUACAUCAUUUGACACCACUGUUUCAAAAAUAAAAUCUACCACUUAUCCGGACAAUUCAGUUAUUUACCAACCAAAGGUCAGCCCUAAAAUUGAUUUGUCUAUAUUUUUGCCCCCAGAUGAGAAACAAAAUCACACAGGAGAACCAAAAACAGAUUUUCAAACUCUUUUCAAUCUUCUUGAUUUUAGCAAUUCUUCUAAUACGGGUUCAAAUAACUCUUCAAUGCUUACGGAUGACAGCAAUAUAAAUGUUAACGAUACUCUCGAGGAUAAGAUAUUAAAUUCAGCAAUCAUAUCGUUACUUGAUAAAGACAUGGAAGAGACGAAAAAAACUUUUGAGAAAAAUCUUCAGUCGUCUGUCUCAGUGGAAGAAAAGCAGGGUAAAUUGCCUUUUAAAAAACAUGAUGCGAAACAAAAAUCGGAACAAACACCAUCGGCAGUGUUACCUCUUGCUUUACCUUCCUCGCUAACCAUCAUUGAUACCGCAUUAAAAACUAUGUCAAACAACACCCUUUUAGAUGAAAAGCAAAACACCACCAAAACAAACGAAACUAAUGAUAGUAAUACCAUAUCCUCACGAAAGAAAUUAAUUUCAUUGCUUCAAGCUGAAAAUUCGAUACAAACUAAUAUCAUAUCUUUUCUGAAGAAUACAACUGCCACUAAGUCGGAUAUUUUAGACAAUUACACACAACCGGAUCCAUCUUCAUCAAACGAAACUGUCAUUGAGAUUUUGCCCACGGAAAGUGAGGUGAUAAAAAACUCUUCGAAGUCCGCUCUUCUGAUCAAGUUGCUAAAUAUGGAAAACACACUUCAAUCUAAGCUGAUUUCGCUUUUGAAUAAAGAAAACUUUUUCCUGGGUCAUGCGGAUUAUGAUUAUCCAGAUCUGCCGACGCUUCCUCCUUUGGUUCCAGAUUCUACCACCGCAGCAGGACCAACUGGUGAACACGAUUCAACCACACCAUCUCUAGAAAAUAUCACAGUUCCGAGUGAUGUCAUGGAUUUAUUCAAAAGUGACAGUGAAUUAGAAUCUGCAAUCGCUAUUUUAAUGCACGCUAAGAGUGCGGAGCGAUCUUCUGGUGUUGAUACUCAUCUUCCUAGUACUACGCCUCAAAUGUCUCAAGUUGAAGAUGUUAAGACCGAACCAAUGGCUUCUUCACCAGCAACAACAUCUUCUCCUCCUAUAAUCACGUCUGUAUACCCAGCCGUGUCUUCUACAAGAGCUUCAGUACCCUUAAUUACAGCAUCUGAAGUGAACUCUUUAAAACCGUCUCCAACGAAAAGUUUACCGGUUGUCACUACAACGUUACAAAUUGUCAGACAACAGGUUCAAAAGUUAGCUCUUCCUCCUCUACCGAGAAAACAGAGGCAGAGAAUUAGAUUUCCUUUGCGCAGAGGCAACGUAAAACAUAGACCCCGCUCCUCUGCGUCAUCUAACAUGAUUUCUAAAAUGGAAGAAAAAUCAAAGACAAACUUGUCGUCUCAAUCAAAAGACGCUCUAGAUGCAACAAGGUUGAAUGUUACACGACAGAAGACGAAAGCAGUGGUGUCAUCGGGUGGACAGGAUUUAACAUCCAAAGUGACACCAUUGCCUAAAACUCAAUCACCUUCGUCAUUAUCAAAAGACUUAAAAGGUAGCAAACCGCCUUCACUCACUGUUGUGCUUAGAAAAGUUGUGAAGAAAGACAUGCCAUUACCGACACCGAAAGUUGAUGACAAAAUUAAAAAUGGGAAGAUCACUGUAUUUUAAUUAUUUGGCCUGUGUGUGCCUUCAUAGUUAUAGACUCGGGAUGAAUAGACAUUGAAGGUUUCGGGCUCUGAUGUACACAGUGUAUCAGGGUUUGAAACAAAUUAGAAACACUUGAGGGAUAUUCUGUGUUUUUGUGGACCAAACCUCCUGUGUCCGUGCGUAUAUAUGACAACUGUAGUCUUUUCGUACUAGAGAUUUCGUUUUCGGUAACGUACGCAGUAACAGUUUUAAGAAAGAAUUUUCUUUUUUGUCAACCAUAUCAUUUUUUCAGACUUGAAUGGAUUCAGUGGAAGCUUGUACCAACUGUGAACAACUGCUAUAGUAUAUUGGAUAUUCCCUAUUUUUACCGUAUACGAGUAUUCUGGUUAUAAUGUUGUUCUGUGGAGGUUUUUAGUUUGGUAGUUAACCCAUCCUUAUGAAAUAUAACAUGAUUUAUGGCCAUUGAUGAAACAUACGUACAUCAUUUUAUAUAACAUAUGGCCAGCAUUCACACAAUUCUUUUGAACUUUAAAGCAGGCAUAUUGACAAUAGUUUGUGUUUCUUCAAACAUGGAAACUGAUUUAGGAAAUAGCAGUUUGCGAUCUGAUUGUUGAUCAAGAGAUUAGUUCUAGUAUGAAUUGAAUGUUUUACAUUGUAGAGGGGAAAACAAUCUUGCAAACACUUUAAUCAUACGACGUGUUUAACUUUGUGCAGCUGUGACGCAAUUUAUGUCACAUUGAUCAGAUGUUGAUCGGAAACGCUAUUUAGAAUAAUCAUUUUAUUCUAUGAGAGUUUUUACUGAAUUCGUUCAUAAGUUAUUGACCUUAUCAAGUUUUGAUUUCACUGACAUUAUUCUUGUAAAUAAAACUUAUUUGUACGCAUCAUUAACCAUAUUAAGGGAGACAAUCUUGUUUAUAUAAUAUAUAUACGUGUACAACGAUGUGAAUGUUAUUUAUUGUUAGAUUAUAUUUGAUUACUAUAAAAAAUAAAUCGUUUUAAAACCUACUUUCUUUCUCAGUAAGCUAAUUUACGGUAAGCAAUUUUUAUAAUGAAAGCUAGCGAGUCACGACGGCAAUUAAAUGAAAUUAAGCAACCAAAUGUCUAUUUGCAAAACAUUAUACAUAUUUGUCUUUUGGACUACUGUGUUUAAUUUUUAUGUUGAUGUCACAUGACUUCGAGAACGUUUGGUUUGUGGUUGUCGUCAUGGUGAUCGGAAAUUACUAAUGACGGCUAUGUUUGAUGGUUUUGUCGGUUAAUUAGCAUAUUUUUCACGUGUUGGUUCAUGUGUGCUGUUUCUUUUUAAGAUGAUUUGUGUUGACUUCUGAUACAGAUAGAUGAUGCUACUAGUAAUAAGUGUAAACGUCCAUUCUAUAUUGAACCAAUGGCAAUUAAAGUAACGGAAUUUCUAUUUGUGGUAACAGUUAUGUCAUAAUUCAAAUAUUCUCAACCACAUUACAUGAUUUAAAAAAUCAGCCGGUAGGUAUUUGUUAAUGAUAGUGACAUUGUGCAUAUAUAACAUUUGUAAUGCAAAAUAUAAAAAAAACCUAAUAACUUGCAUCAGGCCCCUUUCUGCGUCGUUCUGCAUACAUGAUUUAGAAUAAUAG